AUGCACAAAUCACACUCAAAAAACCAUUCUUCACGCUCAUCAGCGCAUAAAUCAACGCUUGCAGCUUCUAAUCUCUAUCAAAAUGAGAAUAAUUUCAGCUUAGAAUUAAUUCUUUAAUUUCCUAUAAAAUAUGACCCAUAUAUUAAGCUUUUGAGACCAUUUUCAAUAACUUUUCAUGAAAAUUUAUAAUUUCAAGAAUCCUGGAUCUCUUCAUAAAGAAUCCUCGAAUGUAAUGUGCCAAAAAAUGUUAAUUGAGCCAGAAAUUGACUUAGAGUGCCAUGACACACUAGACUCAGUGUCCGCAGAUUUAGACCUGGCUCCGCCCAUAUGAAAGCCAAAAGACAGCGAGUUCCUUGAGCUCAUAAAAGAAAAACAGAUAAUGUAUAUGCCAAACCCUUAUUUUAUGGAAACAAGCCAGCCUCAUAUAAACCCAUUAAUGAGAGUAGUCCUAUUUGACUGAAUGAUGGAAGUCACCAGUGAGUUUUUAAUGAAACGCGAAAGCGUUUAUUUAGCUAUGAAUUAUGUAGAUCGGCUGUUAUCGAUCGUUCCAAAUGUAAAAAAGGAUGAAUACCAACUUGUAGGGGUUGCUGCUCUAUAUAUAGCCUCGAAACUUGACGAAAUUUAUCAGCCAAAAAUCAGCGACUUUGAAAGGGCAGCUGCGAAUGGAUAUUCAGUGAGCAGCAUAAAAUUAAUGGAAAAAAUUAUACUGAGGCAUUUAGGGUGGAAAAUUAAGUUAAGUUGUUGCUGAGUGUCUAUAGUUCCUACUUCUGGCGCAUCAGUCCUCUAAGAUAAAGCAAUAUACUAUUCUGCGGGUGGCAGUGGCAAAUAGGUGGCUUUCACCUUACUCCCCCCCAUCCUUGAUCGAACGAUUGACUGUAAAAAUUCCUAAAAAUUGGGGAAAUUAACCCCCAUCCUUGAUCGAACGAUUUUCAUAUCAUGCAAAUUUUUAUAUAUAUAUAAAAAUAUAUUAUUUAUCAAAGCUUGGGAAGAUGUACAUAAUGAAGUUGUUUUCAGAGCUUUGAGACGACAGAAAGCUGCGAAAUCAACCAUCCGAAGUGAUUUAGUUAUCAACAUAGGCUUAAAAGCUCAAUAAUCUAAUAAAAUAGAGAUUCUUUCAAAUUGUUUUAAAAACAAUUUAAUUUUAAUAAGGAACAAAUUAAAAUAUUAUACAGUUUAAAGGGAUAACUAAUAAAUCAAAAUAUUAAAAAUUGGUAUUUUAUGAAAUUAAUUAAAUUUUUUGCUGUAAAAAUAAUUAUUAAAUACUCUUAACCCUCUUAUUUAAAGUAAAAUAGAAAAAAUAUAUAUAUAUAUUUUUUCCCCCAAAAAUUUUUUUUAACCCCCAUCCUUGAUCGAACGAUGGCGAGUCGUUCGAUCAAGGAUGGGGGGGGAGUUAGCAUGAGCUUGAGGCGACAAUCCCAGUUUCUUAGUCGAGGAUUUCCUUAUUAAUCCGCCCAAUGCAGAUUAUACUGGAACUUCCAUCUCCAAGCCUAGCCUUCACCCUGGGAGCUAUGGCCAGAUCACCUUUGUUAUCGAUCUUUCUUAACUGAAGAGGCUUGUGCCCUUGAGAGUUUCUAGUCUGUAUUCCCUUUUCCCUGGGUUAUUUCCUAGCAGCUUAUACCAUUUGGAGCAUAUCAUCAAGCAGUUUAGGCAGCUAAUUGCUCUGCCUCUAUCGAUUACACAACCUUGGCCUGGGUACUGCUUGCAAAAACAUGUAAAAACUAUCGCUCAAACUAGGCCACUAAUCAGGGUGCAAAUAUUGUUGACCCUCUUACCUAGAGGCUGACCCGGCACUUAGCAAGUUCUUUAUGCCAAAAAACUACUCUGUAUAUUCUACCCCUCCCCUCCCCUCCCCUUUGUCAGUGAACAAAAAAAAUUUGUUUGCUCGAGGAGGGGUUAUAUAUAAAUUUUAUAGUAAUUUUUUUUUGAAAUUUAAAAAAAUUCCAUAAAUUAAACUUGUAAAAUUUAUACUUAAAAUACGAGCUGUUUAAAAUUUAACCGAAUUAGCCUUCGAUUUCAUUAUAACGAUUAUCACUUAUAUAUCAAAAUUAUUUUUCAUAAAAAAAUUUUGUUUGUGGGGAGAUGGGAUUUUCCAAUAUUUUAUUCCCUCACGAAGGGGGAAUAAGGACAUCCUUGACUGGGGGAAAGAUCACCGGCCAUUUUAUUAUAUCUUUAAUUUGGAAAAUUAUGCCAGUUACAACUUACAAUAUUUCCAAUUGGCUUUUAAGUCAGUGGGAUUUAUAUAUAACUUACCAUUUCGGAAGCCAAGUUUAUAAUAAUCCUAAUGACUUUAAAAAUCUCCCAAAUGAUGAAAGGAAUCGAGAGCAGGCAAAAUAUGAAGAAAGAUUUAUUACUUAUAAGCAGCCUAAUAAUCUUUCUUAUAUGAGAUUCAGGGAUGCAAUUCACGUGCUGGACGCAGCCUGCUUAGAUCAGCGGACACUAAAAUUUUCUCCUGCUAUAAUUGCAGCUACAUUAGUCUAUUUAAUGACAUCAAAAUAUUUCAAGACUUCAAAAUAUGCCUUAUUUCUUCAUAAUACCAUAUUCCAAGACCAAGAGAGCUUUACACAUCUGGAAUUUGAUUUAGCUUGCCGUGCCCAACAAUUUAUUGCGACGUUUUUGGCAAGUGCCUUGGAAAUUAAUAAUUUAGAAGAAAUUUAUUUUUCAGCAGAAUUAUUAUUCCAUAAAUCUUUAUUUUUUAUAAAAAAUUUAUUAUUAUAUUUUUAUUUUUAAUGGCAUAAAAGCAUUAUUUUUGUGAAUAUUUUGAUUUAAUAAGAUAUAAUUCAAUAUAUAGAAAUUGAAUUUACAUAUGAACUCCCUAUGAUUUGUAAGGUGCAAUCAAAAGAAAGGAUAGAGCAGCAUUUUGAAGAAUUCUUGACUUAUCAAACUCAUAGCCCAGCGCUUAAAGAAUUUGUGGAAAAUAGAAUGAAAAAUGCAAAAUAA